AUGAGUUGAGUUAAAAUCAAAGAGUACCUACAAUAAGUACAAGGAAAAAACUAUACAAAAGUGAAAUAAACACAAAAGUAAACUAAAACAAAAUGUAAAGCAACUAUAACAAAAAAGCUCCAGCACUUCCCAAUCAGAAAAAAUGAAGUAAAUUCAAAUUAAUACGCCUAUACAAAACCUAUCCCAUACCAUAGCAAUGGCAGUGAUACCCGAGCUUGUUCGUAGGGUCAUAGUCGCAGGUGUAAUACCGAAAGUCAACGUGUUCCGUUACUCUAAUGGGCUGAGUGACGUCACAAUGCGGUUCCAAAGUAGUUGUUCAAGUGAUGAUAGUGACAGUAAUAAGGAUCCUACCCCCGGUGGUCCCACCUUGUAUGAUUGUCGCAAGUUAGGUCACAACCUUUCAUCCAAUAAUGUGUGUCCUCUUUUCAAAACUUUGGAAAACAUACCGACUGGAGUCUUCAGGAACGCUACAGGAGAGAUUCUCGGACGCGGUGCAGGCAAAUGCUGCCAUUAUAAGAAUCCGGAAUAUUAUUCCUACCAUCAUAUGAGUUUCUAUGACCUCAACCUCGCUUUAAGACAAUACCGCAAGACUUCACCCAGUACUGAGAGGAAACCUAAUGUUUAUCGGCCACCCUGUUGAAGAAAU